UAUGUUUGGCUACUGUCAAAAGGCCUUCAAUCAGAACUUAACCUUCCUCACCGACUCAAGGUGGAUUCGGCUUUUAUUGCAAACACUGGACUCGAGGUCUACAGGCCAUUCGGAGCCUCUGCCGUCCGGCGAGUGAGCCGAAGUGACGAACUGCAAAUAAAACUGACUCCCGAAGCCCAUGUUGCAACCGUCCACCUCGAACGCGACCGGCCCGGGCCAACCGAGGCUCGACCAACAAACGAGGGUCCAGCUGAAGUCAUGUUGCGGCCUCCUACACGAACACUACACACCUCUGCUUCACUCGACGACGACUUCAUUCAUGCUUCAUACGUCCUGGAAACUGCCCAAGUCGGUCGACAACUCCUGUUUGCAUGCUUGCCUUUCUGUGCAUGUCAGCAAAAUUAG